AUGUCCUUGGUAGCAGUCAAGAGUGCUUCUUCAGCAUACAAACCACCAAGAUUCAACGCACAUCCAGCCAGUCAUGAAAAUCCUAAAGCAACACCAUCAACUUCUAAACAACAUCAGCCUACCCCUGAGACAUCUGGCCCAGCAAAGGAUGCAACCCAUACUAACAUCCCCAACUCGGCCAACUCCACCUCCUCUCAUCAUAAUAUUAAUAUGGCAGUUUCAACCCGGUUUCAACCCCCUAGGCCCAUCAAGCCCAAGUCUAAACAGGCAAGACCAUCGGCCGUAGCCUCAGGUUCCGUGGAUGGCGAUAGGGUCACAUGGUCCCAUUCAGGCCCAAGCCAACCUAGGUAUACAGGUGAAGAGGGUGGAUUUCUCAAGGAGGCAUAUCAUACUGAAACCGACGAAUCCGAAUAG